GAAAAGGUAAACAAACAAGUGUCAUUUCUGGAAAAAUCAAAUGUCAAAUUGUCAUGGUGCCAAUUUAUUCAUAGAGAUGUUACGAAUAUCUGUGAUAAAUAGUAAAAAUGCUAAUAAUACCACGAAUACAAGACUACAAGAACCAAAAAGGAAAGGCCCUAACGCUCCUAAAUUUUAUCCAUAACCAGCGUGCCGCCUGCAUUUUUUGGUACCCAAAACCCUUAAUAAAAACUGAACGGCAACAUUAUUUUACACUUCACAUCUCUAUUCUGUUAAGCCGAAAUCUAACCUCACUUUUUUUUGUCAUACUACGAUUUUAAUUUUUCAAAAAGUUCACCUCAAUACUACCCACAGCAAUUAUGCCUCAAACAUUUCAAAAAUUAUCAGGAUUUUGUUCAGAUUGUGGAUCGAUUCUGCCUCCACUUCGAGAAAAAGGGGGUAUUACAUGUUAUUCGUGUUCAAGUGCAUAUUCUGCAAAUGAUCUGGAAGUUAUUGGACAGUCUCGUGUAAAGUACACUAUUCAUUUCAACUCGAGAGACUCUAAGAAAAAGACUAUGAAAGACCCAAAAGAUGAAGAAGAGGCAGAAGAAGGUCCUGUAGUUGAACGAAAGUGCCCUAAAUGUGGAAAUGAGAAGAUGUCUUAUGCUACAUUACAGUUACGAUCUGCUGAUGAAGGUCAAACUGUUUUUUAUACAUGUACUAAGUGUAAAUUUAAGGAAACAGAAAACUCAUAAUUGAAUAAUUUUUAUAAUGUAUAUUUUCAUAAGUAAAUUGUAAAUGAUAGAUACCAGACAAUGGAGAAUAGAUACCUCUUACAUUUUUAUUAGUUUUCUCUUUUCUAAUCUCAAAACAUACCAAUACAGCUAAAGGCAUUUGUCGUCUGUAACUGAUUCAAACAUAUCUUACAGUUGGCUUGUUGACCAUAG